CGGAACUGCGUUCUUCCUUCGCUCUCAUGACCCCAGGCGACGCUGAAAAGACUGUUGUGGUGGAGGAACAGAUCGCAAAUGACAACCUUGACGAGCUGGUGGAAGGGGGUGGCGUGCAAAGGGCGUAUGAACUCAAAAGUGACCUGGUCAAUCGAUGUUUACAAGAGGAAAUCGGCUUCGGGCGCUACCAAAUCCAGCUUUUCCUCGUCACCGGACUCGGGUGGAUGGCGGACAAUAUCUGGGCGCAGGGCGUCGCCAUCGUUCUCAAUCAGAUACAGCAGGAGUGGAACCCCAAGCGGAUCGAGCUCGUUCUGCUGUCCUUGUACGCCGGCCUUGGGAUGGGUGCGAUUACUUGGGGCACUAUCGCCGACAUCGUAGGGCGCAAGGUGUCCUUCAAUAUUACCCUCUUUAUCGCGGGGGUCUUUGGGACCGCUGCUGGAGCUUCGCCGGACUUCGUCACGCUGAAUGUCCUCGUGGCUCUGUUAGGCUUCGGUGUCGGCGGAAAUAUACCAGUCGACGGAGCGCUAUACCUGGAGCAUAUCCCGCAAUCACAUCAAUACACCGUCACAUUCCUCUCGGUGAUGUGGGCAUUCGGCCAACUCGUCGCCUCCGUUGUGGCCUGGGGCUUCAUCGCCAACUUCUCCUGCGAUCCGUCCAUAUUGCCCGGAGAGUGCGCCAAGGGCGCGAACAUGGGCUGGCGAUACACCUUCUACGCCCUAGGCGCCUUGACUUUCGUGAUGUUCCUACUCCGCUUCGUCGUCUUCGACCUGCAGGAGUCGUCCAAGUACCUCGUCGCCAAGGGCCGCGAUGAAGAGGCUCUGGCCGUUCUGCGACAUCUGGCGAAGCGCAAUGGCCGGGAGAUCACAUUGACGCUCGAGCACAUACAGCGUGUCAAAGUUGCGACGCACAUCUCCCAGAAGGAGAGCAUCAAGAACUCCUUCUCUCAACUAUCUCUGUCACAUUUGAAACCGCUCUUCGCUGGAAGAAGACUCGCCAUCAACACGACCAUGACGAUGUCAUUCUGGGUUAUCACCGGCAUCGCAUCCACGCUGUUCUUCGCCUUCCUCCCGCUUUACCUCGCCCAUCGCGUCGACUCCGACUCCUCCACCUACACCGUCUAUCGCAACUACACCAUCAUCUCCAUCGUCGGCAUGGUCGGACCCGCCCUUGCGUGCUUGUUCGUCGACUCUGGAUCGCGCGGCCCACCAGGGCGAUUUAGAUUGAUGGGGCGCAAGCUGAGCAUGGUCUUCGAGACGCUACUGACAGGGAUCCUGCUGUUCCUCUUCACGCUGAGCACGAACGAGGCGGCCGUACUUGCCUUCACCUGUAUCUCCUCGGCCGCAAGCAAUGCGAUGUACGCGGUAAUGUAUACGUACACGCUGGAGGUGUUCCCCACUCCCCACCGGGGUACAGGAGAGUCCAUUUGCUCGUUGCUGACUUAUGUGGCGAGCAUUCUGGGGCUGGUUAUCCAGAUUGCCACAAAAUCAGCGGAGGGAGGAACGGGAUCAGCAACCGCAAAUGCAUCCAUUCUUGUGGCAGCCUCACUUUUCAUUGUCGCGGCAUUGCUAAUGGCGUUGCUGCUGGUCGAGACGGCUGGUCGGGCAGCGCUUUGAUGUGGUAGACGAGGUUUGACAGGGACUGCAAACACAAGCGAUGGCGAGCUGCAGAGCAACUUAGAUUGUAGUCAGCCUUCUUGGAGAACUGUUCCCCCCUCAGUUCCAAAUUGAUAUGCAAUCCUGUCGAGAGGAUUUCUAAGGGUAGUUCGUA